UCUACCCCGACCGCGACAAUGUACUCCUCCUCCGCUGCUCAGAAGGCCAAGCGCCGCACCCACGCGCGUCCAGAACUCUCCGAGGAGCAGAAGCAAGAGAUCAAAGAAGCCUUCGAGCUCUUCGACACCGACAAGGAUGGCUGCGUCGACUACCACGAGCUCAAGGUCGCCAUGCGCGCGCUCGGGUUCGACAUGAAGAAGGCGGAGGUGCUAAAGAUUCUGCGCGACCACGACAAGACGGGGCACGGGCUCAUGGACUUUGAGGACUUUGCGAAGAUCAUGAGCGAGCGCAUACUGGCGCGCGACCCCAUGGACGAGAUAAGACGCGCGUUCCAGCUGUUUGACGAUGACAACACGGGGAAGAUUAGCCUACGAAACCUAAGGCGCGUCGCGAAGGAGAUUGGCGACCGCCUCGAGGACGAUGAGCUACAAGCCAUGAUCGACGAAUUCGACCUCGACCAAGACGGCGAGAUCAACGAACAAGAGUUCUUCGCCAUAAUGACCGAUGACGCGUAGCCACCGCCUCCUUCGCCCUUCCUCCAUAUUUAUUCGUCCUCGCCUCGUCGAAACCCGCAUAAUGUGCCCUUGCUCUCGUCCUAUGCAUAUCUCAGGCCUCGCCCCCGUCGCAUUUAUCCUCCCUUGCUGUACACAUCCUGUAACACUAUACCUGGCUUAUAGAUGCACCCUACCACUGCCUAGUUCCGUUUUCCUGCCCAGUCCCAAUCCCUAUCUCCCUCCCCAACGAUCCUUCAGCCCUCCGGCAUCCGCCCUCCCGGGCCUAAAAUACCAACACAUAAAACACCCAAGGCGGCGCGCCUCACGAAUAAACUCUCCCCCGCCAAGCCGCCCUCGGCUUCGGGCAAGAUCGCUGCGCCCGAGCAGUCAUAAAUCAGGCGAAGUCGUAUAUCAGGCCGAGCCCGUUGUCCUGGUCGCGAGGCCGCUAUCCUGGUCGCGCCACAGACAGCAAUUCAUUCGGAAAAGGCUGAGGGCAAGGCACGCUAGUCCUAAGGCACCGUACCGGCGGCACUGCCUCCCUCACCCGCCCUCGUCCCCAUGUCUGUGUGUCACCCAACCACGCAAACUCCAGAUUCUGCCUCCGUCGGCGCACGCGGGCGACGACGCAGGUCUUGUCGUAUCUGAUAACUACCCUUACGCCCGACCCUCUCGCCUCUGCCUAUCACUAUCACGGUUGUGCGGCUGCUCGUUCUGGUCCCGUGCGCUCGUUAUGUUCCCGUAUUCAACGCCUGCAUUACGCUUUUGAGGCCUGCAUUGCGCUUUGGUUCUUGAGUCUCGUCAUGUCGACGAUCUCUUGGGGGCCGGCCGGUGACGUGCGCUGCGCGUAAACCAACUUGACCACUAGCGACCUUGGCGUUCCCGCGGAUCCCAUUCUACUGCUAGUGACCCAUGCUCCCAAUAGCACCGUUCCUUCCUGAUCGACCCAUCGUCAUUUCUUUCCUGAUGAACCCAACCCAUUCAUUGUGAGUAGUAUGGUACGGAAUUUAGGCUUUUAUACAGUAAGAUAAACCAA